AUGGUGAGAGCCGGCGUUGAUUUUGCACAUCCCACUAUCCCGGCACAGGGGCUGCCUGCAGUGGUCUUGCCUGCCAUCCCCCAGUCCUCCGAUCUUCUCCAGGGAAACUUGCAGCAGCCCUUUUAUAGGAGGAGGACAACGCAGCAAGAGACAGACAGCUAUACCCAGGCGUUCUCCGGUGCCAGCCUCACAUCCAUCAGUCUCCUGAAAGGAGAGCUUUCCAUCCUCUUGAUCGAGUGUGGAUUUGGAUAUGCUGCCUCAGGAGAUGUUCCUUCGCUAUCUGUGUACGAGAUGGAAGAAGAGAGCCAGGAGGAGUUGGUUAUCCCUCCCAGCCCAGUGGAGGGAGAGGAGGAUUUGAAACCCUGCAUUGAAAGCCGGAUUGCCUUGUCUGGCCUCAGAGAGGAGAUGUGGACAGAGGACCACAAGGCCGCCAUGGAUCAGUUUCUGAACGACCCCACCCAGCAGAUGCUUGUCUUCUACAUUGACGACUUUGCCGGCUUGAAGGUGGAGCCGGUCAUGCCAUACCAGGAGCAGAAGCAGCUCACUUACUUUAUCCGCCAAGAGAACGCAGAGAUUACAGAAGAGAACUUCCACGAGGUAGUCCAGUUUGGCACUGUCCGGAAGCCCUACAUAGAUUCCUUGAUCCGCAUUCUCAACGCCGUGUAUCUCCCCCAGCUCUUUCGCAAGUCAGCCUGGCCCGAAAGCAUAAAGAACGAGUUUUUCUCAGAAAUAUACCACUUCAUGACCUCUCUCACAGACACUCGCUCCAAAAUGAGGGGCCGCACCAUCCUCUACAUCCCAAUCGAGUCCCUGACCAUCAAGACGGAGAUGGCCUUGAAGGACAAAGCCCUGGUUCAGCGGCUGGAGACAUCCAUGAUUCACUGGACCCGGCAGAUCAAGGAAGUGCUGAGGGCACAAGAGGCUGUGGAGAGCAGAGAGAGCUCAGGCCCACUGGAAGAGAUCGAGUUCUGGAGGAACCGCUGUACAGACCUCUCCGAAAUCAGCAAGCAGCUCUGCCAACAGGGCGUGAAGCACAUUGAAACCAUCCUGGCCUAUUCCAAGUCUUCCUAUGUGACCCCUUUCCAGCGGCUCGCCAAACAGAUCCAGGAUGGAUCAGAGCAGGCCCAAUCAAAUCUCCGAUUCCUCUCCAUCCUGAAAGAACCAUUCCAGGAGCUAUCCACCCUUCGCCCCCAAAACAUCCCCGAAAAGCUGCCUCACCUCAUCAGCCUCGUCCGAAUUGUGUGGGUCAACUCCCCGUACUACAACACCCGGGAGAGAAUCACAGCACUGUUCAGAAAGAUGAGCAACAAAAUUAUCCAGAUGUGCUGCAAAGACAUCUCCCUGGACCGGCUCUUUGAGGGCUACAUCAACUCUACCCGGCAGACUCUCCAUGGCUGCAUCUCAUGCAUGUCCUCUUGGAAGGACAGCUACCAGCACGCUGCUUAUAUGCACAACAAGCUUUCUGGGAAGGGCUGGGUACUGGACCAGACCAGCAUCUUUGCCCAGGUCGAUGCCUUUGUCCAGCGUUGCAAGGACCUCCUGGAGGUCUGCGAGAGCCAGCAGCACUUUGCGCGCUGGGAAGAUGGCAAGCAGACUCCGCUGCCCUGCUUCUUUGGCCAGCGUGGACCCCAGAUGACCAGGAGCCUGCUGGAGAUUGAGGAGACCUUCACCAAGUACCUCGGCAAUCUCCGCAACGUGAAGGGGGGAAUCCUGGAUGUGAAGAACACCUCUUGGCAUGAGGACUUCAACCGCUUCCGUGCUGGCAUCAAGGACCUGGAGGUGAUGACCCAGAACCUGAUCACCUCCGCCUUUGAGACGGUGAAGGACGUGGAGCGUGGUGUGGAGAUCCAGGACAUCUUCCACCACUUGUCAUCGCGAGAGGCCAUCAAGCGCACCUUCGACAAGAAGACGGUUGACAUCUUCAUGCUGUUCAACAGGGAGCUCUCCCUGGUCAACAAGGAGCUGAGCAAGAGGACCCCUUUCCUGCCGCCACACAUGUGCCAUUACUCGGGCCUGGUGCACUGGAUGCGCGCUCUGCGACGGCGCAUUGAGAAACCCAUGAAUUGUCUCACCAAGGCCCACUUCAUCCCCCACAUUGGGACCGGAGAAGAGAGCUUCCAGACCUAUCAGCUGCUCAUCCAGGCCAUGGACGAGAUUGAGCGGAAGACCUUCCACGAAUGGACCCUGACCCUGGACAAGGACAGUCUGAAGCGCCUGGACACCCCUCUCCUCAUUUUGAGCACGGAGAAGCCUGGGAUGCUGGAUAUCAAUUUUGACAAGCAUUUGCUGAAGUUAUUUGUGGAAAUCCACUACUGGGAAAGGGUGCUCUUUGAGAUCCCCCACUACGUGGUCGAGGUUUACGAGAGGAAGGAGGACCUGCGCAACUUGAGGGAGAACCUGCUGCUGGUGGCCCGAGACUAUAACAGGAUCAUCAGCAUGCUGUCUGCAGAGGAGAGGGGCCUCUUCCGGGAGCGCAUCCGCUACCUGGACAGGAAGAUCCAGCCUGGCCUGAAGAAGCUGCACUGGUCCCUCAAAGGAGCAAGCGCCGCCUUUAUAUCGGAAUGCCGGCUGCACGCCAGCAAGGUGCAGAACAUUGUGAAUGAAUACAAGGCCUCCACCUUGGCCAUCGCCCGCAAGGCCCAGCAGAUAAGCGAGGCUCUUCUGGUGCGUAUCACUGGCAAGAGGGUCUACAACGACCUGGAGUUUGAGGAGGACCAGGAGGACCACCGGGCCUUGGUGCAGAAGAAACUGGUUACCAUCCACGAAGAGUGCAUUGACAUCAUGCGGCAGACGUACGAAGUCUUUAAGAACGAUGGGCAAGAGGUCCAUCAGCACUGGUACAACUACACCACGAAGAUGGACAGGAUGAUGGAAGAUGCCCUGCGCCUCAACGUCAAGUGGUCCCUGAUGGAGCUCUCCAAAGCCAUCAAUGGCGAUGGCAAGAGCAGCCCCAACCCCCUCUUCAGGGUGAAGGUGAUUCUGCAGGACAACUACCCAGGCCAGACCCCUCAGGUGGAGUUUUCUCCGACGCUCGCCCAGCUGGCCAGCAUGGUCAAUGACAUCAGCACCCACCUGAUCACCAGCAUCUCCGUCUUCCGCCACCUCCCAGACAUCCUCGUCAGGCGCAAGUUCCCCCGGGACCCCAUCUACAUGCUUGUGGAGCGGGACGAGGACAUAAAGAAAAUCCAGUCGCAGAUCAGCGCCGGCAUGCAGUCCAACGCGACACACCUCCAGGCGUACCUGAAGACCUGGGAUGUGUACCGGGAGAUUUGGGAGGUCAACAAGGAUGCCUUCAUCAACCGCUACCGGCACCUCAACCCCCUGGUGUCAUCAUUCGAUGCAGACACUGCUCGGUACAUGGAGGUGGCCAACAACGUCCAGAAGGAGGAGACGGUGCUCAGCAUCCAGUUUGUGCUCCUGGACUGCUCCCACCUGAAGUCCGCCGUGGUCCAGCACUGCAGUGAGUGGCAGCACAAGCUCACCAACCUGCUGAAUGAGAUGGCCACCAGCCGCCUGAGGGAGCUGUAUGCCUACCUCCAGAACAACGCCGCUGACGUCAGCCGUCCUCCGCAGACCCUGGAGGAGCUCAGCCGGAGCCUGCAGCUGCACGAGACCCUCCAGAACGAGCUGCCCAAGAUCGAGGGGCAGAUCCCCCCCAUCCACGAGCAGUUUGCCAUCCUCGAGAAGUACGAGGUUGCAGUGGAGGAAGAGGUGCUGCAGCUUCUGGGGGAGCUGAACUCAGAGUGGCUGGCCUUCCAGCAGUGCAUCCUGGACAGCGAAGCCAUGCUGAAGAAGCACAAGGAGAAGUUCAAGACGGGCCUCAUCCACUGUGCGGACGACUUCAAGAAGAAGGCCCAGAAUCUCCUGCAAGACUUUGGCACCAAUGGUCCUUUCACCAGCGCCUUGUCGGCCGAUGCUGCUCUGGAGCAGAUUGCUGAAAUGAGGCGGCUGCUGGCCCAGAUGAAGGAGGAGGAGAACACCCUUCGUUCUAACCUGGGCAUCUUUAAGAUCGACCAGCCGGCCUCCAAGGACCUUCAGAAGCUGGAGAGGGAGUUGGAUUACAUCCAGCAAGUGUGGGAGAUCACCAAGGAGUGGGAAGUCCACUGGAACGAGUGGAAGGUAGUCAGCUUCAAGACCCUGAAGACGGAAGUGAUGGAGAACAUAGCAUUCGCACUUUUCCGCAAGCUGAACAAGCUGAGCAAAGAGCUUAAGGAUCGGAACUGGGAGAUCAUCGAGACCUCCAAGUCGAAGAUUGAGCAGUUUAAGAAGACCAUGCCCUUAAUCACAGACCUCAGGAACCCGGCCUUGCGAGAGAGGCACUGGGAACAGGUGAAGGACCUAGUCCUCAGGGCAUUUGACCAGGAUGCCGAGGAUUUCAGGCUGGAGAACAUCAUUGAGCUUGGUCUGGAUAAACACGUGGAAAAGAUUGGCGAGAUCUCUUCCUCGGCCACCAAGGAGCUGGCCAUUGAGCAGGCUCUUGCAAACAUUGCCAAGACUUGGGACGGCACCACUUUGGAUAUCGUGCCAUACAAGGACAAGGGACACCACCGUGUCAGAGGAACCGAAGACGUCUUCCAGGCUCUGGAUGACAACCAGGUGGCCUUGUCCACCAUGAAGGCCUCGCGCUUCGUGAAGCCCUUCGAGAAGGAUGUGGACCGCUGGGAGCGCUGCCUCUCGCUCAUCCUGGAGGUGAUUGAGAUGCUGCUGACGGUCCAGCGACAGUGGAUGUACUUGGAGAAUAUCUUCUUGGGGGAAGACAUCCGCAAGCAGCUGCCCAGUGAGUCGGCCUCCUUUGACCGCAUCAACAGCAGCUGGAAGACCAUCAUGGACCGCUUUGUGAAGGACAACAACGCUCUGCGGGCCACACAUCACCCAGGACUGUUGGACAAGCUGGUGGAAAUGAACAGCGCCCUGGAAGAGAUCCAGAAGUCCCUCGACAUGUACCUGGAGACCAAGCGCCACGUCUUCCCCCGCUUCUACUUCCUCUCCAACGACGACCUGCUGGAGAUCUUGGGCCAGUCGCGCAACCCGGAAGCCGUCCAGCCCCACCUCAAGAAGUGCUUCGACAACAUCAAGUGCCUCAAAAUGCAGAAGAUUGGCAAUACCAACCGAUCCGAAGCCUUGGGCAUGUUCUCUCUGGAUGGCGAGUACAUAGAUUUCACGCACCCAGUGAUGCUGGAGGGACCCGUCGAGGAGUGGCUGUGUGACGUGGAACGGGCCAUGCGCUGGACCCUGCGGGAGGUGCUGAGGAACUGCCGUCUCGCCUUGAAGAAGAUGCUGACCAAGAGGGACAAAUGGGUGAAGGAGUGGCCUGGACAGAUGGUGAUCACCGCUAGCCAGAUCCAGUGGACGGCGGACGUUAGCAAGUGCUUGGCCACCUGCAAGGACCGAGGGGACAAGAAAUACCUCAAAGCCAUGAAAAAGAAGCAGGUGUCCAUGCUGAACAAGUACUCGGAGGCCAUUCGAGGCAACCUGACGAAGAUCAUGCGCCUGAAGAUUGUGGCGCUGGUGACGGUGGAGGUCCACGCCCGGGAUGUCAUUGAGAGGCUCUACAAGAGCGGCCUGCUUGACGUGACGUCCUUUGAGUGGCUGAGCCAGCUUCGCCUCUACUGGGAGAAGGAGCUGGACGAUUGCGUCAUCCGGCAGACCAACACCCAGUUUGCCUAUGGCUACGAGUAUCUGGGGAACUCUGGGCGGCUGGUCAUCACCCCACUCACUGACAGGUGCUACAUGACUCUGACCACAGCCCUCCACCUCCACCGGGGAGGGUCCCCCAAGGGCCCUGCAGGCACUGGAAAGACGGAGACAGUGAAGGACCUGGGCAAGGCUCUGGGCAUGUACGUCAUUGUGGUCAACUGCUCCGAAGGCCUGGACUACAAGUCGAUGGGGCGCAUGUACUCUGGCCUAGCGCAGACCGGGGCCUGGGGCUGCUUUGAUGAGUUCAACCGCAUCAACAUUGAGGUCCUGUCCGUCGUGGCCCAGCAGAUCCUCUCCAUCCUCUCGGCUUUGGCCGCCAACCUGACGCGCUUCACCUUUGAGGGCCACGAGAUCAACUUGGUGUGGUCUUGCGGCAUCUUCAUCACCAUGAACCCAGGUUACGCCGGACGCACAGAGCUGCCCGACAACCUCAAGUCGAUGUUCCGCCCCAUCUCCAUGGUGGUGCCUGACUCCACGCUCAUCGCCGAGAUCAUCCUCUUUGGGGAAGGCUUCAAUAACUGCAAGCUCCUGGCCAAGAAGGUUUACACCCUCUACUCGCUGGCUGUCCAGCAGCUCUCCAAGCAAGACCACUACGACUUUGGCCUCCGGGCGCUCACGUCUCUGCUCCGCUACGCUGGGAAGAAGCGCAGGGUGCGACCCGACCUUUCUGAUGAGGAGGUCCUCCUCAUGGCCAUGAAAGACAUGAACAUAGCCAAGCUGACGUCCGGCGACGUGCCUCUCUUCAACGCCAUCACUCAGGACCUCUUCCCAGGCAUCGAGUGCCCCGUCAUCGACUAUGGAAAGCUCAAGGAAGUGCUUGAGGGGGAGCUGAGAGAAAUGGGCUUGCAGGUGAUCCCCUUCACCAUCACCAAGGUGAUCCAGCUGUACGAGACCAAGAACUCUCGCCAUUCCUCCAUGAUCGUGGGCAACACGGGCAGCGGCAAGACCGUCACCUGGCGUGCCCUGCAGGCCACCCUCUGCAGCCUCUGCAAGAGCGGAGACGCGACGGCCAACAUAGUCCGGGAGUACCCCCUGAACCCGAAGGCAGUUUCCCUGGGCGAGCUGUACGGAGAGUACAACCUCAGCACCAAUGAGUGGACGGAUGGCAUUCUGUCCAGCGUCAUGCGAUUGGCAUGUGCAGACGAGAAACCUGACGAGAAGUGGAUCUUAUUUGACGGCCCUGUGGACACGCUGUGGAUCGAGAGCAUGAACUCCGUCAUGGACGACAACAAGGUGCUGACCCUCAUCAAUGGCGAGAGGAUUGCCAUGCCCGAGCAGGUUUCCCUGCUGUUUGAGGUGGAGAAUCUCGCCGUCGCCUCGCCCGCCACCGUCUCCCGGUGCGGAAUGGUUUACACAGACUACAGUGACUUGGGCUGGAAGCCCUAUGUCCAUUCCUGGAUCGAGAAGCGCCCAAAGACUGAAGCGGAAACCCUGCAGCGGAUGUUUGACAAAUUUACCAACAAGAUGCUGACCUUCAAGAAGGACAACUGUCAGGAGCUGGUCCCUAUCCCCGAGUACAGUGGGAUUGUAUCUCUCUGCAAGCUGUUCUCAUCCUUGACGUCGUCUGAUGAAGGGCUGAAUCCCGCGGACAGUGAAAACUACUCAACGGUGGUGGAGAUGUACUUCAUCUUCAGCAUGAUCUGGUCCCUGUGUGCAGCCGUGGACGAGGAGGGCCGGAAGAAAAUCGACAUCUUCCUUCGAGAGAUCGAGGGCUCCUUUCCUAACAAGGAUACAGUCUACGAGUAUUACGUUGACCCCAAGCGGAAGCAAUGGUCUUCCUUUGAAGAUAAACUGCCCAAGAUGUGGAGGUACCCAUCCAACGCCCCCUUCUACAAGAUCAUCGUCCCCACCGUGGACACCAUGCGCUACAACUACCUCGUCGACGCCCUCAUCUCCAACCAGAACCCGGUGCUGCUGGUCGGCCUGGUGGGGACCGGCAAGACCUCCAUUGCCCAGGGCGUCCUGCAGACCCUGGACAGCACCAAGUGGGCUGUCCUGGUCAUCAACAUGUCCGCUCAGACCACGUCGACCAACGUCCAGAGCAUCAUUGAGAGCCGGGUGGAGAAGCGCACCAAGGGCGUCUAUGUUCCUCUGGGCGGGAAGAGCAUGAUCACCUUCAUGGACGACCUCAACAUGCCCAAGGACCAGUUUGGCUCCCAGCCUCCCCUGGAGCUGCUCCGCCUGUGGCUGGACUACGGCUUCUGGUACGACCGGGCCAAGCAGAUCAAGUACAUCAAGGACAUGUUCCUGAUGGCAGCCAUGAAAGGGCCCCCAGGAGGGGCGAACGUGAUCUCUAGCCGGCUUCAGAGCCGCUUCAACCUCAUCAACAUGACCUUCCCCACAGACUCCCAAAUCCGACGCAUCUUCGGCACCAUGAUCAACCAGAAGUUGCAGAAUUUCGAUGAGGGGCUCAAGCUCGGGAACACCAUCACCGAGGCGACCGUGGAGCUCUACAACAGCGUCGUCCAGAGGUUCCUGCCCACCCCGGCCAAGAUCCACUACCUCUUCAACCUGCGCGACAUCUCCAAGGUCUUCCAAGGCAUGUUGCGAGCCCACAAGGACUUCCACGACACCAAACCCAGCCUCACCCGCCUGUGGAUUCACGAGUGCUUCAGGGUUUUCUCUGACCGACUGGUGGACGCUGCAGACAUGGAAACCUUCAUUGCCCUCUUGAGUGAGAAGCUGGGCACGCACUUUGACCUGACCCUCCACAACCUUUGCCCCAACAAGCGCUCACCCAUCUUUGGGGACUUCAUGCGCAACGUCUACGAGGACCUGACAGACAUGGCCGUCCUGAAGGCUGAGAUGGAGCGCGCCUUGGGCGAGCUCAACCGGACGCCAGGAAUGGUGCCCAUGAGACUGGUGCUCUUCCGGGACGCCAUUGAACACAUAACCCGCAUCGUCCGGGUGAUCAGCCAGCCGCGAGGCAACAUGCUGCUGGUGGGCAUCGGUGGCAGCGGGCGCCAAAGCCUGGCACGGCUGGCCUCAUACAUCUGUGAGUACUACACUUUCCAGAUCGAGGUCUCCAGGCAGUACCGCAAACAAGAGUUCCGGGAAGACAUCAAGAAGCUCUACCGCCAGACCGGGGUGGACCAGAAGCCCACCACCUUCCUCUUUGUGGACACGCAGAUUGCGGACGAGUGCUUCCUCGAGGACAUUAACAACAUCCUCAGCUCCGGGGAGGUGCCCAACCUGUACAAGCCAGAUGAGUUUGAGGAGAUCCAGACCCAUAUCAUAGAUGCAGCUCGGGCAGAGGGCAUCCAGGAGAGUCAGGACAGCCUCUUUGCCUUCCUCAUUGAGAGGGUGCGGAACAACCUGCACGUGGUGCUGUGCCUGAGCCCAGUCGGGGAUCCGUUCAGGAACUGGAUCCGGCAGUACCCUGCCCUGGUGAACUGCACCACCAUCGACUGGUUCUCUGAGUGGCCCAAGGAUGCCCUCCUGGAAGUCGCAGAGAAGUACCUGGAGGGCGUGGACCUGGGAUCCGUGGAAAAGGGGAGCCUGGACACGAUGCAAAAACGAGUGGCUAGGAUCUUUGUGACCAUGCACUGGUCCGUGGCCAGGUACUCACAGAAGAUGCUGCUGGAGCUGAGGCGCCAUAAUUACGUCACCCCAACCAACUACCUGGAGCUGGUCUCUGGCUACAAGAAGCUGCUGGCUGAGAAGCGGAAGGAGCUCUCGGACCAAGCCAGCAAGCUCCACAACGGGCUCUUCAAGAUUGAUGAAACCCGGAAGAAGGUGGAGGUGAUGACGCUGGAGCUGGAGGAAGCCAGGAGGAAGGUGGCAGAAUUCCAGAAGCAGUGCGAGGAGUACCUGGUCAUCAUUGUUCAGCAGAAGCGAGAAGCUGAUGAGCAGCAGAAGAUGGUGUCGGCUAACAGUGAGAAGAUCGCAGCCGAGGAGAUUAAGUGCAAAGCUUUAGCGGACACCGCUCAGAGGGACCUGGAGGAGGCCAUGCCUGCCUUGGAGGAAGCCAUGAAGGCUUUGGAAUCGCUCAACAAAAAAGACUUGACCGAGAUCAAGUCUUACGGCCGCCCUCCCACCCUGGUGGAGACAGUCAUGCAGGCGGUCAUGAUCCUGCGAGGCAACGAGCCCACCUGGGCUGAAGCCAAGAAGCAGCUGGGUGAGCCCAACUUCAUUAAGCAGCUGGUCUACUUUGACAAGGACAACAUCUCCGACAAGGUGCUCAAGAAAAUCAGUGCCUACUGCUCUCAGCCGGACUUCCAGCCAGACAUCAUUGGGCGCGUCUCGGUGGCUGCCAAAUCCCUGUGCAUGUGGGUUAGAGCCAUGGAGAUGUACGGCCGCAUUUACCGUGUGGUGGAGCCCAAACGUAUUCGAAUGAAUGCUGCCCUUGCCCAGCUGGCAGAAAAGCAGGCCGCCCAGGCCGAGGCUCAGGAGAGGCUCCGAGAGGUUGCGGAGAAGCUGGAGAUGCAGAAGGAGUACGAGGAGAAGCUGGCCCAGAAGGAGGAGCUGCGCAAGAAGUCGGAGGAGAUGGAGAUCAAGCUGGACCGGGCCGACAAGCUGGUGUCGGGCCUGGCAGGAGAGAAGAUCCGGUGGGAGGAACAGUCAAAGGGCUUGGAGGAAGAUAUAGGCUACCUGGUGGGGGACUGUCUGGCAGCCGCCUUCGUGUCCUACAUGGGGCCCUUCCUGUCCAGUUACCGGGAUGACAUUGUCUCACACAUCUGGAUGAAGCAGACUCGAGAGCUCCAUGUGCCUUGCUGCCCCCGCUUCACCUGCGACAGCUUCCUCGCCAACCCCACCAUCGUGCGCAACUGGAACAUCCAGGGCCUGCCCUCCGACAACUUCUCCACAGAGAAUGGGAUCAUUGCACGAGGCAACCGGUGGCCUCUCAUGAUCGACCCCCAGUGCCAGGCCACGAAGUGGAUCAAGAACAUGGAAGCAAAGAAAGGCCUCAAGAUAAUUGACCUGCAGAUGCACUAUAUGCGCAUCCUGGAGACGGCCAUCAGUUUGGCUCCCCAGUGCUGCUUGCAAAACGUUCAGGAGGAGCUGGACCCCACACUGGCCCCCAUCCUCAACAAAUCCGUCACCAAAGUGGGUGGCCGCCUGCUGAUAAGGCUGGGGGACAAGGAAGUGGAAUACCACCCCGAUUUCCGAUUCUAUCUCACCACCAAGCUCCCCAACCCACACUACACACCGGAGACGUCCUCCCAGACCACCAUUGUCAACUUUGCUGUCAAAGAGCAGGGCUUGGAAGCUCAGCUGCUGGGGAUUGUGGUCCGGAGAGAGAGGCCCGAGCUGGAAGAGCAGAAGGACAACCUGGUCCUCAACAUCGCAGCUGGCAAAAGGAAGCUGAAGGAGCUGGAGGACGAGAUCCUGAGGUUGCUGAACGAAGCCACGGGCUCCCUAUUGGAUGAUGUGCAGCUUGUGAACACACUCCAGACCUCGAAGGUCACAGCCACCGAGGUCACAGAGCAGCUGGAGACCAGCGAGACCACGGAGAUCAAAAUCGACACCGCCCGGGAGGCCUACCGACCAUGUGCUCAGAGGGCGUCCAUCCUCUUCUUCGUCCUCAACGACAUGGGCAGGAUCGACCCCAUGUACCAGUUCUCCCUCGAUGCCUACAUUGACCUCUUCAACCUCAGCAUCAAUAAGAGCCAUCGGAGCACCAAGCUGGACGAGAGAAUCCGCUUCCUCAACGAAUACCACACCUAUGCCGUCUACAGGUACACCUGUCGGGGCCUCUUUGAGCGACACAAGCUGCUUUUCAGCUUCCAGAUGUGUGCCAAGAUCCUGGAGGUCUCCGGAAACCUCAAGAUGGACGAGUACAACUUCUUCCUGCGUGGAGGAGUGGUGCUAGACAGGGAAGGGCAGAUGGACAACCCCUGCACCAGCUGGCUGGCCGACAUCUACUGGGACAACAUCACCGAGCUGGACAAGCUCACCAACUUCCACGGCAUCAUGAACUCCUUUGAGCAGUACCCUCGCGACUGGAACCUCUGGUACACCAACUCCAAGCCGGAGAAGGCCAUGCUGCCAGGUGAGUGGGAGAACUCCUGUAACCAGAUGCAGCGGAUGUUGGUUGUCCGGUCCCUGCGGCCGGACCGCGUGGCUUUCUGCGUCACGGCAUUCAUCGUCUCUAACUUGGGCUCCCAGUUCAUCGAGCCACCAGUGCUCAACAUGAAGUCGGUGGUGGACGACUCGACGACCAAGACCCCUCUGAUCUUCGUGCUGUCCCCUGGCGUCGACCCCACCUCCUCCCUGCUCCAGCUGGCCGAGCAGUCGGGCAUGGCGCAGCACUUCCAAGCCCUCUCGCUGGGCCAGGGCCAGGCGCCAAUCGCCACCCGCAUGAUCAAAGAUGGCGUCCACCAGGGCAACUGGGUCUUCCUGGCCAACUGCCACCUCUCUCUCUCCUGGAUGCCCCAGCUGGACAAGCUGGUGGAGCAGCUGCAGGUGGAGGAGCCGCACCCCUCCUUCCGCCUGUGGCUCAGCUCCAGCCCCCACCCGGACUUCCCCAUCUCCAUCUUGCAGGCCGGGAUCAAGAUGACCACGGAGCCCCCCACGGGCCUGAAAGCCAACAUGAAGCGCCUCUACCAGCUCAUCACGGAGCCCCAGUUCAACCGCUGCACGAAGCCGUCCAAGUACAAGAAGCUGCUCUUUGCCCUCUGCUUCUUCCACAGCAUCCUGCUGGAGCGGAAGAAGUUCCUGCAGCUGGGCUGGAACAUCGUCUACGGCUUCAACGACUCGGAUUUUGAGGUGUCAGAGAACCUCCUGAGCCUGUACCUGGAUGAGUAUGAGGAGACCCCCUGGGACGCCCUCAAGUACCUGAUCGCAGGGGUCAAUUACGGGGGCCACGUGACGGAUGACUGGGACCGACGCCUCCUCACCACCUACAUCAACGACUACUUCUGCGAGCAAAGUGUGGCUGCCCCCUUCUACAAGCUCUCCGUGCUGGACACCUACUUAAUCCCCAAGGAUGGCAACAUCGCCUCCUACAAGGAAUACAUCAGCCUGCUGCCUGGCAUGGACCCUCCCGAAGCCUUUGGCCAGCACCCCAACGCUGACGUGGCCUCCCAGAUCACCGAAGCCAGGACACUCUUCGAAACGCUGCUUUCGCUGCAGCCCCAGAUCACGCCCACCGGGGUGGCUGGGCAGACCCGCGAGGACAAGGUGCUGGAGCUUUCAGCAGACGUGCGCAGCAAGAUCCCGGAGGAGAUCGAUUACGAAGGCACCUGCAAAGUGCUGUCCGGGGAUCCCUCCCCGCUCAACGUGGUCUUGCUGCAGGAGAUCCAGCGCUACAACUCCUUGCUGCAGGUCAUCAAUGCCUCCCUGGCGGAGCUGGAGAAGGGCAUUCAGGGCUUGGUGGUCAUGUCUACGGACCUAGAGGAGAUCUUCAACUGCAUCUUUGAUGCCCGCGUCCCCCCCAUGUGGGAGAGGGCCUACCCAUCUCAGAAGCCGCUGGCCGCCUGGACCCGGGACCUGGGCCUGCGCGUGGAGCAGUUUACCCGCUGGGCCACCACCGCCCACCCUCCCGUGCUCUUCUGGCUCUCGGGCUUCACCUUCCCGACGGGGUUCCUGACAGCCGUCUUGCAAGCUGCUGCACGCCUGAACAACAUCUCCGUGGACACCCUCUCCUGGGAGUUCAUUGUCUCCACUGUGGAUGACAACAACCUUGUCUACCCGCCCAAGGAAGGGGUGUGGGUGCGAGGUCUCUACCUAGAGGGUGCCGGCUGGGACAAGAAGAACUCCUGCCUGAUGGAUGCAGAGCCCAUGCAGCUGGUCUGCCCCAUCCCUACCAUCCACUUCAAGCCCGUGGAGAACAAGAAGAAGAGUGGCAAAGGGAUGUACGCCUGCCCUUGCUACUACUACCCCAACCGGGCUGGCUCUGCCGGGCGGCCUUCCUUUGUCAUUGGCAUCGACCUGCGGUCAGGAGCGAUGCCCUCUGACCACUGGAUCAAAAGAGGCACAGCCUUGCUGAUGAGUUUGGAUACCUGAAGACACCCCCAUAUGCACCCCAUCUUCCAAAGGAACCUUGCUUCUCUGACUCCCCCCACCCCACAAUUUUAGGUAAAAUUAAAAUAAAGCUAU